GAUGCGUCUGGUAUAAUUAUGGACGCAUUUUACAUGUUAUUGUUCACUUCAGGAACAAUGUCAUCCUACAUAAAUUGGCUUUUCUAUUCCUUUCUUAUCAAAGUUACAUGUGUUACAUGUGUUGAAAAACCUACUCUGUCUUCCAGACUUCAGGCCAACUGCCAGUGGAGACCGGCUGCCCAAAUGGAGUCUGGUGUGGCAGUAACCUCACCUCCUGCAUCGGUGGUUGCCCCUACACCCCACAACCUUUGCUCAAAGCAGAGAGAGAGUAGCAAGAAGACUGCUACCAGCACCAACCCCUCCUUUCUGUCCAAUCUGGGAAAGCCCACCUUACGAGGGAUCAGGAAGUGUCCCCAGUGUGGCGUUUUCAACGGCACCCGUGGGCUCAGCUGCAAGAACAAGGCUUGUGGAAUUGUCUUCAGAGAUGGGGGGGCUGUGGGGGGAGGCAGAGGGGCCAAGAGAGGAGCAAUGGAGGUGGUGCGGGUGGUGAUUGACGGAGGAGGGGAAGAUGAAGAGGGAGAUGAAGGAAGAUGUGGUGAAUCCUCAGGUGGAGGUGCGCAGGUGUUCUCUGUCUGUCAGCGAGUGAGAGGGGUGGGAGCGGCUGCAACACAGCGGGGGUUCAUAGAGCUUGUCCCCACGGAUACGGCCAUUGCCACGAGUGAAGGGGCGACUCUGCUGACCCGGGUCAACAUGGGCCGCUGCUUCCUGCCCACCUGCCGCCAUGCCAACGGUCAAAGGUCAGGCCAGAGCCAGUCACAGCAGGUAGCUGUUCUGUCCAACCCCCCCACCAAGCAUGGCGUGUCUAACUCCGUCACUCCCUGUGUCCACGUGAAGCAGGCCAUGGAGUGCCAGGUGCAGGCCACCCCUCUCCCCCUGAAGAGCUCUAUCCUGGAGGGGCUUCAGGCCUCAGCCGAGGCCAGGGAAGAGCUCUGGAGGUUGGCUACUGAGUCCCCGGGACCCCUGGUUCAGCGGGUGAACAAAGAUACUCUGGUGGUGAAAUGUCAGUGGACCAAGUCAUCCUCUGGGGCUGCUGCACCUAACUGUAGGCGCGGGGGGGUCUGCUGUUGGGGGAAGGGGAAGGGGAAGGUCAGAGAGGGGGCUGUGUUUCAGUGUUCCUGUCAAGGGGGUGUCAGAGGAGGUACGGCAGGGGGAAGAGUGGCCGUGGAAACCUCCCAGAAUGGGGAUGGGGAGGUGAGAGGGUCCUCAGGUGGCGUCUCCUCUGGUGUCUUACCUGACUCCACCUCUCGGCCUGGUGCUGAUGCUGGCCCUACAGCUCCAUACCUCUGCCUCCACUUCUAUGCCUGUGUUUGCGCCUUCACCAGCGACGAGAAACUGGCCUCAGAGUUCACAGGUUUCCUCAACUACAGCUCCAAUGGUGUACAACAGAAUGCUGACUGCACAGUCCUCUGUGGCUCCAACCCACCUCAGCUGCCUGAACCAAUCACCGCUCACAAAACCAAGAGACUCCGUCUGGAAGAGCACCUCAUUGGGAGCAGUCAGCCUGUGGAUGAGAGCCUGGUGACCCUGGGCUUCCAGCAGUGGCUAGCCAGCGUUACAGAGAGGAUCCACCUGACCAUGCACUACCAGUUUGAUGGUCAGCCGGAGCCUCUGGUGUUCCACAUCCCCCAUGUGUUCUUCAACGCCCUGCAGUAUCGUCUGUCCCUGGGCUCCAAGAAGAGACGGCUGCCUAAUGCUACCUCAGCGUUUGUGAGGAAUGAUGAUCUGCACCAUGGCUCCUUCCCCAAGUACACCUGGCACAUCACCAACCUGAUGCAGGUGAAACGCAUCUUCGACACCCCAGAGCUGCCCCUGGAGUUGACCCAGAGUUUUGUGAAGAACAGUGAUGGUUCCUACUCUCCGUUCCGCUGCCCCGAGCCUCUUCAUCCUCACCCCACUGAGGGCUACAGCCGGACAGACAGAUCCCAGGCCAUACGACCCCUGGAGCUACGCACCUUUCUCCAAGUCGGACUGUAUACUGGAGAUCAGAAGGAACCCACUCCCUUUGUGAUCGAGUGGAUCCCAGACAUCCUGCCUCGCUGUCGCGUCGGAGAGCUCCGCAUCCGCUUCCAGUAUGGUCACCAGCACGGAGGACAGACGGAAUACUGUGAUGGAACGCCGAGACGCACCGGAGCGGGAGGGGGGACAGAGAGGGGGGGUUGCAAGUUAUCAUCAGAGACCUCCCUUCCCAAAUAAAAAGUUCCACAGGCAACUGUCCCAUGAGAAAUCACUGGAGGAUCUGAUAGUUAAUAGUUCUGGGAAUUAUGAAAGUCUAGAGCAUUGUUUUUAGAUAGAGGGAGAUGAAGGGGGACCAGUUUUUAGAGAGAGAAUUGG